CCCUAGCUGGGCGCCUCAGCUUUCGUACUACAGCUCAUACACGCAACGCCCCUUUUGCGGAGGGUGUUGCUCGAUGGUUACAAGCAGGGUCUGUGGAGGGCGAAGAAGACAAUAACUAUAUAAUCUCUGCCACUCCUGGAGACUUGGACUCCAUGGACAUCGCCGAGUUUCUUACAACAAUGGAUCUAGAACGCGGGGUAGAAGAGCUUGUCGACCUCAGAGCACUAGAUUAUGUCUCGACAUACGACGAGCAUUUGAUGUGCCCUAUAUGUCACUGCCCAUUUAUACGACCCUUACGACUCCAAUGUGACCAUGUGUUUUGCCAGAAGUGUAUCAACGAUGCCAUCGUAUCCAAUUCACGAGACUUCCGUUGUCCGUCUUGUCGUGCUCGUGGAGAUAUUUCUGGUAAGGUGCCGAGGAUACUGAUUAAUAUGUGCGACGAUGUUCGAGUGCGUUGUCCGUACUCUACUGAAGGCUGUGCGGAGACUAUGGCUCGUGGACAUGUGCAGCUGCAUGUGGAUAAGUACUGCGAUUACAAGCUGAUGAAAUGCCCGGACUUGACUUGUGGCCAAAAGACGCGCAAGAAGAAUCUGAAUCCUGAAAAGUGUAUGCACAAUAUGGUGAAAUGUGAAUCUUGCGAAGAGAGUGUCAUGGAGCAGGAUCUAGAAGAACAUCAAGAUCAACACUGUCCCAGCUUACGAACGACUUGUCCCGAUUGUGGCGCUAUGGUAUUUCGUAGCGCAUUGGAACAACAUAUCGAUACAUGUCCGGAAGCCAUUCACCCAUGCCAGGCGUCCAAAUAUGGAUGUCCUGUUAAACUCAAGCGCUCAGAGUUGGCCAUCCAUGAACGAAGCUGCCCGUUGAUCACCAUCGGUCCUUACAUAGAAGUGCAAAAUUCGCGCAUUGACUCGCUUGAUAUGACGAUUCGACAGCUACGACAAAGAAAUGAAAUUCUUGAAGAUGGGAUUGCUAGUAUCCGUUCUACUCUGAUGGAGAGUGCGCGUUUCUCGCCUGAAAAUCGAACUCAACGCCAAUCUCCUGGUGAGGAUAUGGCUCAAGAUUCAUCUCAAUCUGGACCUACAGAGAUUGAAGACAGUGACCGCUCGUCACAAUUAUCGACCUCGACGGCAAUGACAUAUUUAUUGUCGUUACAUGAGUCCCUACGAGAAGAGGUAUCUCAGCUCUCACACGCAAUGACGGACCUUGAUGCUCGAGCGAGUAUGGCUAUUUUGAACGAAAGCAUGCGUGUCAACGAGGAUCUCGCUCAUACAAGCGCUGCAAUAAACACAAUACGAAUGCAGAUACAUUGGCUAUUGAAUCCUCGGUUGCAACACGGUCAUCGUCUUGGUGCCGCGACUGGGGCGGGAGGAGAAUCGAGUCCUGGUCCGAGUACUCGGCCAGGUCCUGGACAUGGUGGGUUGACGCCGCGACGGCGAUUGAGCGAUAGUGGUCGCGAGGGGACGAAAUUGUAG